CAGGCGCGCAGAGCGCCUCCCUCUGCCCUUGGCUUCAACCAAACAGCGAGGUGGGUACCGCGGCCUACGGCACUCCGGGAGGUUCCCCGCAACCCUCCCUACACGUUCCCGGUGGAGUCUCCAGACCGCUGUAGGACCCAGGAGAUGCCGGUCCCCGUGGGCUCCUACGGACAGUCCCAGCCUAGCUGCUUCGACCGGGUCAAGAUGGGCUUCAUGAUGGGCUGCGCGGUCGGCAUGGGAGCGGGCGCGCUGUUCGGCACCUUCUCGGCACUCAGGAUGGGGCUGCGAAACCGCGAGCUCAUCGGAGGCAUCGGCAAGACCAUGCUCAACAGCGGCGGCACUUUUGGCACCUUCAUGGCCAUCGGCAUGGGAAUCCGGUGCUGAUGGCGUGGCCCUCCCCCUCUGCUACCAAUGUUACCAACUCCUUAAAGCACCGAGGCUGUGUGAGCAGCGGUGAAUUGGGAUUGUUAAACGGAAUGUGCCCUUGCGCACGUAAUUCUCGCACCCAUUAAAGAUUAAUGCAGUUUCAGACACAAAUGCACAAACAGUAAAUGGGAAAAUUUCAUUUGAUUUAGCUAUCACUUCCCUUCCAAAUUAUCACUAGUUAUUUUUAUUCUUUAAUCGUCUUCUCCUUUCCCCAACUAAAUGCGCAAUUAUAAAUAGUUAGUCUCCCACAUUACUUUCCAGUUGCCAAAUGAUAGACCUAAAGUAAAAAAUAUCACAAAAUUUACAAAGCGUUACACAGUAAACUGUUACGGGAGGCUGAAUACCAAAAAUCGCUCCUAAGUCUGCAUAACAAAAUUAAAUCUUAGAAAAAGUUUAUAAAUUUGUCAUUGGCCAUUGACAUUUAAUCAGCAGGGAAACUAAAAAAGUGCUAAAUUUAGUGACAGUCCCUAAAAUUUACACCACUGCAUUACUCCACGUACUGCCUCCCACAACCAUGCCCACAGCAGAUACAAUUUAACUUCCCGGGUGUUUGGUGGGGGGGCAGUGGCUGGUGGGAUUGGGGGGUCAAUACUGCCAAUGCCACGACUGCUGUGAUUACAGCCUUAUAGUAGUCCUGAGCCCAAGGGUGUGCCAACUGACAGGGGUAACCACCUACACCCUGUGGAGGUGCUUCGGCUUGUGUUGUAUAGCUCUCCAUUGUGCUUUUGGAUUGUCAUCAAGUUCCUGGCAUAUAAAGCAAACCGUCGAACCUCGUUCCAAACAACGUGGAAAUGCAUUGGAGAGCUGUAAAUACCUGUUUGAAAUAACUGUGUUGUUGAGUCUGUACAGUCUGGUGGGAUCUAAAUAAUUUGGGGACAUGGCUGCACCAUCCAGCAACCUGAUAAUAAAAUGUGCACGGCUUUGCAAUGGAACUUAAAUUGAAAUAGACGUGAAUGUGGUUCCGUUGUAAAUGCAAGUGGUGGUGGACAUAUUCCAAUAAAAUGCCUCUGACCAA